CCACGACGGCUUCCCACAGAGCACUGACUCACUUCUGCGGCCGUGCCCCUUUCCUCGUAGCAGUGACAACAUUUCCUGGCCUUCUAAAGAGCUUGCAGGCUGUAAACAGCUUCCAUAGAACCACCGGGACCCGAUAAGCUGACAGGGCAGAGACACUUUGGGACUUGAAACUUCCUUGUUGGAUUUUUGGCUUUAACCUACCCAGGGUUAGUUUGCUAGGCGAAUAAACAACAUCACCGACCCUGUUGCUGCGUCACUGAUCUUUGAAAGUGGGCCGGGGAAAUAACAGAAUGACCCCUAAGGCAGACUGUCGCGGUCUGAUCAUCUUUCUGAUGUGUCUCCUCAGUGUUGUGAAGAUCAGAGCUCAGUGUGAGACACCCAAACCAGGGGGAAACAGAAUUUUGACUCCUGAAUCAAACAAACCGACUUACUCAGGUGGAGACACUGUAACAUUUCAGUGUAUAGUUGGUUAUAAGCCUGUAAAUUCAAAAGCUUCCAAAACUCUUACCUGCUCUGGAAACUCGUGGGACUACAGUACACUGAAACUGGAGUGCACAAAAAAAACAUGUGGAGCUCUUCCAGACUUUCCCAAUGGGAGAUAUAUUUAUUCUCCAGAAGGAGCUGAAGGAAUUUUAUUCGGUGCGACAGCCGCAGCAGAGUGUAAUGAAGGCUAUCUGCUUCUUCGAUACCCCGACAGACAUUGUCGAGAUUCUGGUUGGGAUGGGAGAGAGCCUGUGUGUGAAGUGGUCAAGUGUCUUCCACCUCCUGAGAUACUGAAUGGACAGCCUGAGGAGCCUCUUCUAGAAGAAUAUGAGUAUGGACAGGCAGUCACAUACAUUUGUAAUGCAGGUUAUACUCGUUUUGGAGUUUCAACAGUAUCAUGCUCUAACAAUGGAACCUUUCAGCCUUCUCCUCCUGAAUGUGAAAAGGUGUCCUGUGAUCCACCCUCCGUUCUAAAUGGCAACAAAAUUGAAGGAAUACCACCCUAUAGAUAUAAAAGCACUAUCAAGUUUGCUUGCACUUCUGGCUUUAAGAUGGAGGGAUCUCCUUCCCUGGUGUGUGAGAGAAACGGAUGGGAUCUACCUCCGCCAAAUUGCACUGAGUUGUCCUGUGAUCCACCCUCCGUUCCAAAUGGCAAAAUAAUUCAUGGAACACCACCCUAUAAAUAUAAAGACCCUAUCGAGUUUGAUUGCAAUCCUGGCUUUAAGAUGGAGGGAUCUGGUUCCCUGGUGUGUGAAACAAAUGGGUGGAAUCCACCUCCUCCAAAGUGCACUGAGGUGUUCUGUGAUGCACCCUCCAUUCUAAAUGGCAAAAUAAUUCAUGGAACACCACCCUAUAGAUAUAAAAGCACUAUCGAGUUUGCUUGCAAUUCUGGCUUUAAGAUGGAGGGAUCUGGUUCCCUGGAAUGUGAGAAAAAUGGAUGGAAUUCACCUCUUCCAAAGUGCACUGAGGUGUUCUGUGAUGCACUCUCCCUUCCAAAUGGCAAAGUAAUUCAUGGAACACCACCCUACAGAUAUAAAAGCAUUAUCGAGUUUGCUUGCGAUUCUGGCUUUAAGCUGGAGGGAUCUGGUUCUCUGGUGUGUGAGGCAAAAGGAUGGAAUUCACCUCCUCCAAAGUGCACUGUACAUGAAGUCUCAACAACAAAAACACCACCACCUACUAGAACUACAAGUGCAGCGCCUAAAGGUACGCAGCCAUUACCCAACCACACCGUGAAAAUCGUAGCUGGGGUGUUUGGAGCACUUGGAAUUCUUGGAUUAGGAAUUUUUGUGUGGUAUUGCUACAAAAAGCGAUCCUCUGCACGUGGUUACUCUGGAAAUGUGGCUAAAAGUGAAGAGGGUGCGUUAUAGCGUGCCCGCAAUCCUGAUCUGUGGGUCAUACUCUGCCUCAUUCCAAGCCUUAGUGUGCUCCUGCUUUCAUAAAUUCGAGGAAAGCCUUACAGGAAUGAUGUGGAUUUAUUCUUCGCCUGCUCCACAGAUGCUCACAAGCUCAGCAGGAGAACUUCUCCAGUUUGUUUAUGACUGUUACUAUCCGUUUUCUGCAAUACAGAUUAAACAUAAAUGUUCACUUUGGUCUACAUUGUUUAAUCUGUGUCUCAGAAAUCAGCCUUUUGUUCAUAGUGAUCUGAACUGGAAUUGAGUUUAUGAAGAAGAGGUGAGUGUUUUUUUUUUUUAAGUGGUAUCACCUGAAUGUGCUUAACCCCUACUGUAAUUCCUCACCUGCAGAUUUGAUCAACAAAAAAGUCACAGCUGAUUUUGGCCUAGUUUGUGACAUUUGUUCCAUGUAAAACCUGAAGUUGCUUCUCUUGCACUAAGUUUUGUAAAAUAAUGUGUGUGUGUGUGUGUGUGUGUGUGUGUGUGUGUGUGUGUGUUUGAGAUGAAAAGGAUUUUAUGUAAUGUUUGUUUAUUAUUUGUAAAAGAUUAGAACCUGAUCAGCCUUAGAAAAAGUGGGUAUUUAUCAGUCUUUGUAAAGAAAAUCACUAUGGUUUAAAGUGGAUUUCCAUUUUUUUCCCCCAAAGUUUCUGUAAAAUUCUGUCUGAGGCUUUGUCUUGAAACUAUUGUAAGAAAUCUCUUGGACGUCAGACAGUGCCUUCAUAAUCAUUUCAUAUAAUACUUUUAACAUCUAAAGCUUUAAACAACUGGUCCUGUCACCACAACUGUGACUAGUCCUGUCUCUGUAGAACUAUUGGUGAAAUAUUGGUGGAAUUCCUCUUUAAACCCGAAAGAAUUGAACGUCACUCCUGUCCUUUCUAGCGGCAACUUUCUAUGCACGAUCUACGACUACUGAAUUCUGUCAUGCUUGUGGUUCUCCUGAUUUCUUGUACAGCUAAAGCUACGCUCAUACAGGCACACAGCCAUUUGCAAUAGAUUCUGCACGUAUCCAGUGUUUAGCUUUAACCAAGAAAAAUUGUGUUCAUUGUGCCAGUCUUACGUUUGAGAAAUUUGCCACAGGCUCGUUUUGUAAAACAGUCUUACCAGUAUACACUUAUGUCUUGAAUGAGUUAAUGAUCUGAAUCUGUGCUUUAAAGCGGGAUAAACUACAUUGGGGUGUUUUCAGAAAUAAAACAUGGUUCCCUGAGCUCUAGAUUUCUAAAGGUUCCACGGAGUAGUUGAAUUUCUGUUCAGAUUUCUAUUCGGAUUUCACUUGUGCCUUUGAUCUCGCAUGUAAAAACACCCUCCCUGUUGUCUGUAUUGGAUGCAGUUUUUGUGAUGUACAAGUUUAAAGUGUUAACUUUACGUUCAGUUUGUAGCUGUGCCGUCUUUAUUAUCAUAUAGCUUUGAAGGUCUUAAUAAUAAUAAUAAUAAUAAUAAUAAUAAUAAUAAUAUGAUGAUGAUGAUGAUGAUGAUGAUGAUGAUGAUGAUGAUGAUGAUGAUGAUGAUGAUGAUCCAUUGUUUUUAUUUUUAUUAUUAUUGAUUAUUUUUUUAAGCUAAAUAUUACUGCUGAAUGUAUUCAUAGAAUAAGAUGUCAAAGAUUUCAUCACUUCUGCAUUCAUAUCAACUGCUAUGUAGAAAACAUGAGGGGAAAACAUGUUGUCUAAAGCCCUGUACGAGCUAGAUGAGUUUUUCCAUAAUGUAAUUUGUAAGAAAUUUGACUGGUCUAGUCACACAAGAUGAAAUGUCUAAAGUAAUUCCCCCAAAUUACUUCUGGUAGCUCAGAUCGAUUAGCUCGACGUGAUGGCCUGAACGUUCAUGUCAGCAUUAAAUGGGUCAAACGUCUAAACCUAACUUGCCAGUAGAAAAGUACUAGAGUGAUGACAUGGGAUCAUCAAACAAGCCAAGUCAAUCUCCAUUUACCAGGAUCUGCUACGUUACUGUGAGAGGGAGCUUUGGGUUCAGUGACUGAUGGCAAUGAAUUGACUUGCAGGUAUUACUUGGCAAGCAAAGGACAUAUUUUUACGAGAUUAAAAUCAGGCAUGCUGUUGAUAAGGCUUCCCAACUAAAAGAGGUCAUCUAACCUGUAUAGGAUGUCUUAAGACAAUUUGAAUAAAAAAAAAAAUCUUCUGCAUACUUGAUUUUUUUUUCUUUUCAUUCACAUGUAUAGUCAUCAAAAGGACACUGAAUUUCACACAAUUGUAAUAAAAUCAUUUUGCGACCACUCA